AUGGCGGCAGCCCACGACAGCCACGACACCUUCAACAGCUCCCAGGACAGCAACCCAGACACCUCGAACCUGUCGUUCGAAUCCUCCUUUCGACUAGACUCGUCGUAUUCCUCCCAGAACCCCGACUGCGAAAAACACCCCAAGGGCAAGCGGAAGAGGACCACAACACAAGACAAGUCUAUUCUCGAAUCAGCGUAUAGCUCGAAUCCAAAGCCAGACAAGGCGGCGCGUCUCGACAUCGUAGAGCGCGUCACCCUCAACGAGAAAGAAGUCCAAAUAUGGUUCCAGAACCGUCGCCAAAACGACCGUCGGAAAUCGCGUCCACUCUCACCGCAGGAGAUCGAAGCUCUGCGAUAUGGCGGUGGGAUUAGUAUUCUGUCGUCCGAUCCGGCACCCACGUCGAUCGAACCGGUACCUGCAUCCAUUGGCCUGCAGCGUGCCGCUGAACAGUUCCACGAGACGCCUGUUGAUGGCAGGGCAUGUGUAGACGCGGGAAGAACAGCAUCCAGUGCUCAAGACGACGCAGGACCACAGAAUCCAUUCCAGGCCUCUUCUCCCAAACCUGUCGAGGCGGUCCAACUGCUUGCAGAAGACCCUGCGAAGGCCGAAGUUCAGGUUCCAGAAGCGGCCACGCCGCCAGGGUCGCAGAAGGCUGAGCUGGAGAAUGACUCCCAUGCCCUAUCGCAGGCUUCCAUUGCGUCGGUCGGCUACCUGUCGAACCGCUGGAACGCUGGGAACUUGUUCUCUACCCCUUCCACGCUGGGAAGGCCCGGAGACGACUCGUUUAGGCUCGACUCGUUCCCGUCCUCCACCGCGUCCACCGUCAACAACUCGCCAUCUAUCCUGCCACCACCUUCGAACUCCUCCCAGGUCCGCCUCUCGCUUUCUUUGGACGGAAAGGCCGGACUGGUUUCCUCACAGCCUUCUCCACCGCGUCCAGUCGCCCCGCAACUACCUCUGGAUGUCGAAACCCUGCCGCCAGUCCGCAGCAACAGAACUCUCCAGAGAAGCCGGAGCGCCCUCCCCGGUAUCACCCUUCCUCCUAUUUCGACUCUUACGGCUCAUCUACCACCGCAGCUCUCUCGUGGCCGGUCACGAGAUGUUCACGCCUGGGAGUCAUGUUGCGAAACCGACAGUCGUGAUGAGUUGACCAGGCAAGCUGAGAACGAGUCGUCCGGCUCAGCAAUCGCAGCGAUCAGCUUGCUGCGGUCCAGCAGCAGCUCUGCCAGCCUCAACAACCUGGUGAACAACCACAGCAGCCCGAACGUCCUGCAGAGCAACCCUGGCAAACGUAACUCGCCGGCUCACAAGACCUCGGGCCGAGGCGGGGCUAAGAAACCUAAGCUCAGCCGAGCGAGCAGCAGCAUCGCGCGCAUGCAAAGCUUGCCGCCCGUCUCGUUUUCGGACAGGCCUACGGCUCGCGAGACGGCAUCCGAAGUGCUCCAAGUGCUGGAGCCGGAAAAGAAGUCAGCCCUCUCUGUGAUUCUCAGCCCGUCGGGUGAUUCCGACAAGGAGAAUUGGAGCCCGGAUGAGGAGGGCAACCCGUCGCACCGAAGGCGACCCCUACCACCACCCGUGUCGCGCAAGUCUCCGGAGUUGCCUACGAGGCGAGGAGCCAAGAACUCGCGCCGCGCUGGACGCGUUCUGGGCGAGCAGGACCGUUCGGGCAGGCGCACACCUCUGGGCAGCAAGAGGGCGAAUACGGCGCCCUCGCCGCGACCCCGAGGUGGAAAGAUGGGGAAUGCGCUCGUGUUGAUCUUCGAGGACGGCGAGAAGGAGAAUGCCGGUGCCGAGCAGCGUGCUCGCGGUCCCGGAAAGCGCGACAACGAGGUUGAGCGCUUCAUGCGCGGAGAGGUCUCGCCCAGUAAAAAGCCCGAUAUGGAUUGCAUUGCUGGCCUGUUGUCGCUGAGCCAGGGGAACUGGCGCUGA